GGCCUAGUACUGAAAAAUGGGAGAUAUUGAGAAGGGCAAGAAGAUCUUUGUCCAGAAAUGUUCCCAGUGCCAUACAGUUGAAAAAGGAGGCAAGCACAAGACUGGACCCAACCUGAAUGGCCUGUUCGGACGCAAGACUGGGCAAGCUGAGGGCUUCUCGUACACGGAUGCUAAUAAGAAUAAAGGUAUCACCUGGGGUGAGGAUACUCUGAUGGAGUAUUUGGAAAAUCCAAAGAAGUAUAUCCCAGGAACAAAGAUGAUUUUUGCGGGUAUUAAGAAGAAGUCUGAGAGAGCAGACUUAAUAGCAUACCUCAAAGAUGCCACUGCAAAGUAAAAGUUAUCUGCUGCCUUAUUUAUUUCACAAAGGAGAUGGCAAUGGAAAUGUCUGUGAUGAGAUUGGUUUUUAAACUUUCUAUUUUUACAUGUACUGUGUCUAACCUUAAAAUCUGUCUCACCCAUCAGAUAAGGUUGCUUCUGGUGGGUCACUGGAGUACAUGCUUGUUUGGCAGCCAUUAACUUAAUGGAAAUUAUGUAAUUGGGUUGAUUUAAAUGGCUAGAAUGUUCAGUCAUUAUUGAUCAGAGAAUUAAAAAAAAUAAAUCAACA